CUAGUUAUGGUUUCAAGGAUUGUCUAAAAAUACUUCUUGAAUGCCAUGCCGUCAUUAAUGUGUACGACCGUCAUAAGAACACACCAUUGAUUCUUGCUGUAAAGGGUAAUCAUUUAGAAUGUGUUCGGCAUAUUCUCGAAUAUAAUGGCAGCGUCAAUCAGAGAGACUAUGUCGGACGCACUGCCUUACAUUGGGCUGCAGAGUUAGGACACAUUCAAUGUGUGACACUUCUUCUAAAGUACGGAGCACAUCCCGACAUACAGGAAUUCACAAAUGCCAACACAGCCCUUAUGCUAGCUGUCAAAUCGCAACAGAUGGAGAUUAUAAAUAUUUUCGUGGCCAGAAAAACUAACCUUGAUGCUAAAGAUGCACUAGAUAGAACUGCGUUGCAUCGGUGUACAGACAUGGGUGAAUUGGAAUUUACAAAGAUUUUAUUGGAAGCUGGUGCGAAUCCAAAUAUCCAAGACAGACACGGAGAUACGGCACUGUUCGUAUCUUGCAAGCGAGGUAAUAGAGAACUUGUAUCAUUAUUGAUAAAAUAUGAACAUUAUGUGAAUGUAACUGAUAAAAUGAAACGAACCAUUCUACAUUGGAUAGCAGAGUUGGGGCAUACUCAUUUAGGUAAUUUAAUCCUAGAAAACGGUGCAUUUCCUGAUCCAAUAGAUGUUCUGGGUGAAACCCCGUUAUCUGUAGCAGUUCGUUUCAAACAUAUCAACAUUGUGAAGCAACUUCUCAAAGCAAAGUCUGAUGUGAAUGUAAAGGAUCACAAGGAGAAAACACCAUUGCAUUAUGCCUGUGACACAGGACAGCGAGAGGUGGUUAAAUUGUUGUUAAGAUCACAUGGUUUACCGAACACCCAGGACAAAUCAGGUAUGACUCCAUUAAUGAUCGCCUCGCGAGCUGGCUACAUAGAGAUCGUCAACAUGCUUCUCUGUAGGGUCACUGAAGUCAAUAUUACUGACAACUGCAACAAAACUGCGCUGCAUUGGGCUGCGGAAUAUGGGCACGUGUCUGUCGUUGAUGCUCUAAUUGGAGCCGAUGUAAAAACAAUGAUUGAGGACAAAAAUGGACAUACACCAUAUACCCUUGCGAUUGGAAACAGUCAUUAUGGUGUUGCUGAGCUAAUUAUGAAAUCUAAGCCCGAGCAGACAUUUUAUUGCAGUUUUGACACGAGUUCAUUUUCCAAAAGUAUAGACGAAUUCAAUGAGUAUAGGAUUAGACACCAUGCAUCUGUUAGUGCUACUAAAAAUUCAGAAACUCAAACCGACUCAAACUGGUUGAUACCAUCCAUACAGGAGCACGAUCACACAUCAAAUGCUGACCAGUUGGACCAUCCGGACAAUCUCCAAAAUCAAGAACUAGCAAUUAUGACAAACGAUACCUUGGCCAGUUUAUCAGACACAGAAUCAACUGACCAAUGUAGCAAAGAUAACGAGAUGGAAAUUCCAAAGUUCAACAGAUGGAGGGAAAGCUUAAAGGGAAGAAAAACUGGGUCUGCCCCAAUAUUGGCUAGUUUAAAACAACGAAACAAUCGGAACACAUAGAAUGCAUUAGUAGGCCGUCAUAAGGUCUAGAUUUGAUAAAUGUUGAUAGAUUAUUGUUUAACUCACUGUAUAAUAGUCAUACCAUCGACUGUCGGGAAAGUAUGCAGUUACUGAAGUGGCUCCCUGAAAUAAUAAACACGUUUCGCAGAUAAAAAUUGCAAUACUGAUAGGAUUAAACAAGUCAUGUAGUCCAAUGGGAUAGUAACGAGUUUGAAAGCUACAUUCCAUCCUUGCUGCAAGGGUAUUUUACAAGUAUAUUUAGGCAUAAAUGAAGCCCUUUGAAGAAGGAUGGUACAUUCAUAUAUUACUAAACACUAUUUUUCCAUGAAUUUACGUGUAGUAGUGCAUUAGCAAACUCACCUCAUCCAAAACGGGUGUAAUCAUGAAUGCAGGCCCCCACAAGAAUUGACGAUCUAUGUUAUGUGUGUUAGAAUCCGAUGUGUACCUGCAUAACGUGAAACAUAUUUUACAUCACAAUAACAUUAUUUUGAUUAGUUGCAUGUUUACAGGAAUCACUU